CGCUUCGAUCAACUCAUCCUAACAGCACACAAAUUGGCUCGUCCCCUAAAAGCUUGAGCCUCGCGGUUUCUCGGAACGUCAAUCUACUUUGAUCUCAUUAUCCCGAUCCAGCUGGGAAAAUUGUUGGGAACAUCCUGUUUGCGAGUUUUCGGUUCCUAUCAUGAUUAGCAAAACGAUCCUGUGGUGUGCCCUGGUGGGAAGUGUUUUGUCAGCCCGCCUGGAUAACCUUUAUGGGGCCCCAGCCCCCGCCGGUGCCAGCCGUGGCGGUGGAGGUGAUGGCAAUUUCCUGAAUGCUCCUCGCCAGGACAACCAGUUCGGGGGAGCACCCUCGAAUCAGUAUCUGCCUCCGACUGCCCAGGCUAGCAACCAGGGCGGAUAUGCUUCGGUGGCUCCUUUGGGAGGUGGUGUCGGACACAGUCAAGGGCAAGGCCAGUUUGGCUUCAACGCCCCGCGAUCGCAACCGCAGCAACCUCAGUCGUACAGCGGUGGCGGGCAACCCGGAGCCGGAUUCCAGGGAGGCUUCCAGCAACCACGCACCACACCGAUCCCCAUCCUGCGAUAUGAGAACGUGAACAACGGCGAUGGAAGCUAUCGAUUCGACUAUGCCACCGGUAAUGGAAUUCAGCACCAGGAAGAGGGCUACAAUCGCAAGAUUGGACCCGAACUGGGAGAGCAGAUCGUUUCCGGAGGAUACUCCUACACCGCUCCGGAUGGUAAAUUGUACAGCAUUCAGUACAAGGCCGAUGCCGGCGGUUUCCAACCCGUGGGAGAUCACCUGCCCACUCCGCCACCACUGCCUCAGGAGUUGCAAGAAGCAUACAAUCUACAUGCCAAACUGUUCGCCGAAGCUGCCGCUCGCCCCAAGAACCCCGCUUACCAGGGCCCACAAACCUACAACCAGCCUCAGCCAAGCCAACAGUACGGUGCUCCACAGACUCAGUACCAAUCGCCCAGUCAGCAGUAUGGAGCACCUCAGCAACAGCCACAAUACCAGGCACCGCAACCGCAGCAGCAGUUCCAAAAUAGCGCCACCGCAGUUCAAGGCUAUCAGUCGGCGCCAGCCAACCAGUACCUGCCACCCACUAGCCGGCAGCAGAGCUUUAACCCACAAUCCGGAUACCGGUACUGAGCCAAAGUCAACACACCACAACUGCCUGCCGUGUCCACCAUGACCCACCUCGGAUCGCCAUAAGCCAAACCAUGUAUCUACUUUUUAAAAACCCUAUCGAGGUGACCAGACCGCUAAUCUGGACCAACCCACAACCGCGAGCAACCUCUCUGACAAUACAACAAUGGAAAACAAAUUUGCAACGAUGCGAUGAUGCGUUAUCGAUGGGCGAUAAAUUAGCCACGAUGAUCCCAGGUGAAAAAUCCGCGCUCCAAGCGACCAUGUCGAAAACGCAUCAUUGAUCGGCAACGGAACGCACCGAACAAUAGGACAAAGGAAAAAAAAUAACCAAAAUGCUGCCUCGUUGGAUGGCCGCUACUGGAAGACAUACACCCGCGACCAACGUGAGAUAAGAUCGCAUAACAAGUGGUACGUUAAUUUUCUUACCGGUAAUUAAUCAUGAAAUUGUAGACUUAACAACAAAGCAAAGAGAUAAAUCCAAUAAAACAACGAAACCAGUGAAAUCGAUAAA